AUGUCUUCGCCGACUAAACGCCGAGAGAUGGACUUCAUGAAGCUGUAAGCGCACACCCACACCCGCUGCUGGAAUCUGCGCCUAUCGAGGGAAUUCACGUCCUUGUGUCUCUUUACGUCCUCUGGAUGCAGGAUGAUGAGCGACUAUAAGGUGGAGACGAUCAACGAUGGGACGCACGAGUUCCACGUUGAAUUCCACGGCCCCAGCGACAGUAAUGGCCUCCGAUAUCCGACUCUGUCUACUAUCUCCCUCUCCCCAUCCCCCUUUUUCUUGCUUCCCUUGAUCGGGGCAAAGUUUUAAUAUUGGUGAGGUAGCGAGUUUGUUCCGAGAUUCAUGGUUCAUGAUGCUCGUGAUGUCGUAGUUGUCUUAGUUGACUGAAUCAUGUCGGCAUUUAGGAAGAGUGAAGAAAAUUGAAGUCGAUUUUCUCCGGUCCAGCUGUGAUUCUGCUUCAGAGAUUGUGUGCUUUUGGAAUUUUCCUGUUUCUUUCUUGUUGAACGCUUGCUAUUUUGAAAUUGUUAUAGUCCAGUUAAGUAAUUCAACGCUGUUACUUAAAAAAAAUAAAUCUCUAUUUGGGGCGUCGGUUUCUGUUUUUUCUACUGUUCUUAAUGCCUGGAAGUGAUACGUGGGCUUCACUAUUUAUUUAUUUUUUACAUAUUCUGUGGUUGUGGCAGGUCCAUAUCACAGGGGUGUGUGGAAGAUAAGAGUAGCUCUACCAGAUGGCUAUCCUUACAAGUCCCCUUCAAUUGGCUUUGUCAAUAAGAUUUACCACCCAAAUGUUGAUGAGAAGUGAGUUUUUGCUUGUAGUCUCUUGGGUAUUGCGAUGUUUCCAGCUUCUGUCUCAUCUCCCUGCUUCCUCAUUCAGACCUUCACUCCAGGGAAUAUUCAUAUCCCUGGACCCUUAGUUAUAUGAGUGUUAACGGUACUAAAAUUCCUUCAGGUCUGGCUCAGUUUGUCUGGAUGUCAUCAACCAGAGAUGGAGCCCUAUGUUUGGUAUCUCCUAUCUCUUGGUCCUCGCAAUUUUUAAAUAAAGGAUUUUGUUUGUUUAUGGAUUGAUUUAGACGAUUCUUUUUUGUUGGAGCCAAGUACAUAAACUUCCGCGUUUAAUAAGCAUCAUCAUUGUGCAGAUCUUGUAAAUGUUUUUGAGGUCUUCCUUCCGCAGCUUCUCCUGUAUCCUAACCCUUCAGAUCCUCUGAACAAGGAAGCCGCUGCUUUGAUGAUCCGUGAUCAUACAGAAUACGAGAAAAGAGUAAAAGGUACUUCUUUUCUGUUCAUUCCGCUUUAAAUCCUCUAGUUUUGGUGGUUAACCUUCUUAUAUCCAAAUUUGGCGUUUUGUCUUUAAAAUGGCCGUAACUUGUCCGAGUAAGGAUCAUGGCUCAUGCUGCUUGAUGCUUUUGGUUUGGUCGAGUGAAAUAGAAGUUCUUGUCUCGAAUCUUUGUCGAAACCCAAAAAGAUUUACAUCACUCGGAUUACAAUGUUGGCUUUGUGAUUCCAACACCUCCAUGAUCCAAUGUCGAAUUGUUGGACGGCAAGACUUUUCAGGGGAAAGGCACCUAUUGGAGGCCCUUGAGAUCUUUAGUCCUGUCGAAAAUGCUAACUGGAGCAAUCCCCCGACGUGUUGGCCAAGAUUUUAAUUCUGUAUGGAGCUUCUCUCUUAGUUAAAACCAUUGUGGCCGCGGAAUCCGUUGAUUACUAGACGCUGAAAUGAGUAAGAACAUCAAUUUUUUUUCCCUGGGAAUCUUCAUGCCCUGAGGACAGAUUAUCUGUAACUUGCCACAAUCUUAUUCUACCUUUAGGUAUCUCAUUAUGGCAGAAACAUGGUCUGUAUAGGAUGGGAAUUCAGCCGUCAUUUAGAGAGUUCAGUAAGUUGCUCGGAUUCAAUCAACUUGAAGUAAUAACACGGAUCAUACUUCUUUUUCUCCAAUUCAUCUUGAAAAUCCUGAACACUGAGCCUCGAAAUCUAUUGGAAAUGUUCUACCCCAACCCCACAUACCCCCAUUCCCAAGAUUGAGCCAUAUCUGGUUCCACCCUUUAUUGGGGCAAAUCGUUCGAGGUUUAGAAUCCUGCCAUUUUUCUAACCAUACCGAAAUUUCCCCGAGAGUCAUGUGAAAAAUAAAAAAACCCAGAUAAUUUUACUUCUUUUUCACCAACCCAGUUCAGAAAUGGGUCGGCCCGUCCUCGAACUCGAGCUAUAUUUGUCUCCACUUUCCGCCUGGUUGAAUCUUUUUGGAUUCAGAAACCUGCCAUCUCGCUGAUGUUUAGAAAUUUUCCUCCAGAGUACUGUGAGAAGUAUGCAAAGCCCGAGGACGCUGGCUCCCCAUCAAUGGACGAUUCAGGAGACGAAGAUCCGAGCGGAGAUGAAUCAGAGUCCAGCGACGACGACGAUGACGAUCUGGCAGCCAAAACCUGA